UCUUGCAGAGCAAAGAAGAAGAAGAAGAAGAAGCAAACAGAGAAUAAAAGAAACUGAUCUGUUAACUAUUUUAAAUCAAAAUGGUGAGAGCUCCUUGCUGUGAGAAGAUGGGUCUUAAGAAGGGGCCAUGGACUGCAGAGGAGGAUCAGAUUCUAAUCUCUUAUAUACAAAGCCAUGGCCAUGGAAACUGGAGAGCUCUCCCCAAACUAUCUGGCCUUUUGAGGUGUGGGAAGAGUUGCAGACUUCGGUGGACGAAUUAUCUCAACCCUGAUAUUAAAAGAGGGAACUUUACCAGGGAAGAAGAGGAUGUCAUCAUUACUUUACACCAAAUGCAUGGAUAUGGAUGGGCUGCAAUUGCUGCUAGGCUACCAGGUAGAACUGACAAUGAGAUAAAAAACGUAUGGCACACUCACCUGAAGAAAAGAUUGAAGACUGGUACUGAAACAACGCAAGAAUCAACGAGAGAGAACCAAAUAGAAUCGAAGGAAGAGAAACCGACACAAUCAUUCAGCAGUACUGAUGUCUCCUGCUCGGGCACUACUGAAUCAUCAACAGAAAACAGCCAGAACUCCAUGGAAUCAUCACUAAUUCAUGAUAUCCAAGAAAUUGAUGAGAGCUUUUGGACUGAAACACUGCAAAUGGAUAGUAAUGCGAAGAAAAACUCAAUGGAUUCAAUGGAGUUAAUGGAAGGAUUUUCCUCAAAAUUCCGUGAUGAGACAUUCUUGUUGUCAGCAGGUUCAAGAGAUGAGGAUGAUAUGAGUUAUUGGUUGAGGAUCUUUUUGCAAGCUGAAGAAUUGCCUAAAAUCUGAAGGGCUAAAAAUUUUGAAUUUUUAUGAAAAAAAUAGAAUUUUUAAAAAUUAUUUUAGGUAUUAUAAAUUUCUUCUCGUUCAACAUACCUACGAAUAGUCUGUGAGUUGUGUGUAAAUGCAAUAUCUGCAUCUUAAAAAAAUUUCACUCUAUUCGACUGCAAAAUAUUUCAAAAACAGAAAGAAAGCUAUAACCAAAUUGAAAGGUAAAAACGAUCUAUCAAGUAAAUAUUCAAAAGGCUUUCCAAACACAUCUUCAAUCCCUAAGGAACAGUGUUGAUGGAAACUUGGAUGAGAUAACGCAGAUCACCUUGAUCUGAUAGUUGGGAGUUUUGACUAUCAAUUAAGAGGUUUUGAGUCAUAAAAUAUUACAUAUGCGAUGUAUGCGUGAAUUUUUUUUAAUUGGCCAAUAUGUAUCCAAAAAA